GAAAAUGAAGAAGUUUAAUAUCCGUAAGGUGCUGGACGGCUUGUCGGCCGUGUCGUCCCCUUCUCCAUCCUCUCAACCCGGGGCCAAGGAGAACGAGCUCAUCCCGGAGACACUCCAGUCUGAACACUUCCAGCUCUGCAAGACUGUGCGCCAUGGCUUUCCCUAUCAGCCCUCCUCUAUGGCAUUCGACCCCGUCCAGAAAAUCCUUGCCAUCGGGACUCAGAGUGGAGCUUUACGAUUAUUCGGCCGCCCCGGUGUGGAGUGUUACUGUCAGCACGAGAGCGGAGCAGCCGUCAUUCAGCUACAGUUUCUCAUAAAUGAAGGGGCGCUGGUUAGUGCUUUGUCUGAUGACAGUAUUCACCUGUGGAACCUGCGACAGAAGAGACCAGCUGUGCUGCACUCACUCAAGUUCAGCAAGGAGAGGAUAACGUUCUGUCAUCUGCCCUUCCAAAGUAAAUGGCUGUACAUCGGCACGGAAAGAGGAAACAUCCACCUUGUAAACGUGGAGUCCUUUACCCUCUCAGGAUACACCAUCAUGUGGAACAAAGCCAUUGAACUGUCCUCCAAGGCCCACCCCGGCCCAGUCGUUCACAUUAGUGACAAUCCUAUGGAUGAGGGCAAGCUCGUAAUAGGAUAUGAGUCUGGGAUCGUGGUGAUGUGGGAUUUGAAAUCAAAGAGAGCUGACUACCGGUACACUUACGACGAGGCGAUCCAUUCUGUGGCAUGGCACCACGAGGGGAAGCAGUUUAUCUGUAGUCACUCAGACGGCACACUGACCAUAUGGAAUAUAAAGUGCCCAGCCAAGCCUGCACAGACAAUCACGCCACACGGAAAGCAGCCUAAAGAUGGAAAAAAGCCAGAACCUUGCAAACCCAUUCUUAAAGUAGAAUACAAGACCACGAGAGCAGGGGAUCCAUUUAUGAUCUUCUCUGGUGGUUUGUCAUAUGACACUGUUGGUCGACGGCCAUGCUUGACAGUAAUGCAUGGAAAGAGCACGGCAGUACUGGAGAUGGAUUAUUCCAUUGUAGAUUUCCUCACCCUGUGUGAAACGCCAUAUCCUAAUGAUUUUCAGGAACCAUAUGCUAUAGUGGUCCUCCUCGAAAAGGAUUUAGUUGUUAUUGACCUUGCACAAAACGGUUACCCUAUCUUUGAAAAUCCUUAUCCCAUGAUGAUUCAUGAGUCUCCUGUGACGUGUUGUGAGUACUUAGCCGAUUGUCCUGUGGACCUCAUACCUGCACUUUACUCUGUCGGGUCUCGCCAGAAACGACAGGGCUACAGCAAAAAGGAAUGGCCUAUCAGUGGCGGAAACUGGGGCCAGGGCACACAAAGCUACCCUGAAAUAAUAAUAACUGGGCAUGCAGAUGGUUCAGUGAAGUUCUGGGAUGCUUCAGCAAUAAUGCUCCAGGUGCUGUACAAGCUAAAGACAGCUAAGGUGUUUGAGAAGGCGCGCUGUAAGGAGGAGAAACCCAGCACAGAGAUUGUGGAUGAGGACCCGUUUGCCAUUCAGCUGAUGUCUUGGUGUCCCGAGAGCCGCAUGCUUUGUGUGGCUGGUGUCUCUGCCCAUGUCAUCAUAUACAGGUUCAGCAAACAGGAAAUCACCACAGAAGUUGUGCAGUUACUGGAGGUCAGGUUACAGUAUGAGCUGAAUGAUCUGGAGUCUCCAGAAGGGGGAGGAGAUCAGACACCAGCUCCUCCCACACCAGGCACCUCCCCUAGUCCACAAACCGCCGCCCCACAGACACACACCUCCACUAGCAGCAACUCAUCAGAUGGGAUCCGAGACAACAUACCCUGCCUCAAGGUGCGCAGCAGUCCUCUGAAGCAGUCUGCAGGGUAUCAGGUGGAGCUGGUGGUACAGCUGGUGUGGGUCAGUGGAGAGCCGCCCCAGCAGAUCAGCAGCUUGGCCAUCAACUCCUGCUAUGGCUUGGUGGUGUUUGGCAAUAGCAAUGGUCUGGCAGUAGUGGAUUACUUACAGAAGACUGUUCUGUUGAAUCUGGGAACUUUGGACUUGUAUGGCUGUAAUGACCCAUAUCAGAGACAACUGCGAUCUCCUCGCAAGAGCCGACAGCCUUCUGGAGGCCUUUGUGACAUUAGCGAGGGCUCAGCCACCUCAGAGGAUCACUGCAAAUCCCCCACCUCAGUCUUGAUGUCAAACCAUCAGCAAUUCUACAAUGGAGGAGGGAGAGGAGCAAAGAUGUCACGGAAAUUAAGCUUGCCUACUGAGCUAAAGCCAGACUUGGUCCUACUCUCUGUAUGUCCCCCGCGGGGUUCCAUACCCCUAGACAACAGGGAUAACUCCUUCAGCCGCUCACGGAGCUCCAGUGUGACCAGUAUUGACAAGGAAGCACGGGAGGCCGUCACAUCUUUCCAUUUCUGUGAGACCUACAACCGCAAAGCAGAUGGCGGACUGACACCCAGUCUGUGGGUUGGCACGUCCUUGGGCACAGUCUUGGCAAUCUCCCUCAGCAUGCCCCCUGCUGGAGAGCAGAGGCUUCUGCAGCCAGUCAUUGUCUCUCCUUGUGGGACUCUUGUCAGGUUGAAGGGUAGCAUCCUCCGGAUGGCUUUCCUAGACUCUACAGGGUCUCUCCUCCCUUCUGCUUUUGAGCCAUGGUACGAACCCAACGCCCCAGCCAACGGAGAGGAGCGGGACAAGGUCCGUAAGAGACGACCAGUGUCUGUGUCCCCAUCCGCAUCCCAGGAACUGAAUGAAACCCAGUAUGCUGUGGUGUGCUCUGAGAAACAGGCCAAAGUCAUAUCCCUGCCUUCUCAGACCUGUGUAUUUAAACACAACAUCACCGAAACAUCUUUUGUGCUGCGGGCAGAUGUGGUACAGAUGAACGCUGGCAUUUGUUUGGCCUGCUUCUGUGCCAAUGGACACAUCAUGACCCUCAGUCUGCCGGGGUUGAGACCACUGCUGGAUGUAAAUUACCUACCCCUGACAGAUAUGCGGAUAGCGAGAACAUUCUGCUUCACCAACCUCGGCCAGGCCUUGUACUUGACCUCCCCUACUGAGAUCCAGAGGAUCACCUACAUCCAGGAGGUCUGCGAGAACUUACAGGAGAUGCUAGGUGAGCUGUUUACUCCAGUGGAGACGCCAGAAGCUCCUAACAGAGGAUUCUUUAAGGGUCUUUUUGGAGGAGGAGCACAGUCUCUAGACAGAGAAGACCUUUUCGGCGAGUCAGGAGCCGGAAAAGCACCACGCAGUCUCGCUCAGCACAUUCCAGGUCCUGGGGGUAUAGAAGGCAUGAAGGGGGCAGCGUCAGGCAUCGUGGGUGAUCUAGCUCGAGCUCGGAUAGCGUUGGAUGAGAGAGGGCAAAAACUGAGCGAGGUGGAAGAGCGGACGGCAGCCAUGAUGGCCAGCGCUGACUCAUUCACUAAACACGCUCAUGAGAUGAUGCUAAAGUGUAAGGAUAAAAAAUGGUACCAGUUCUGAUCUCCGCAAAAAAAGCAGAGCCCAAAGGGACUCAGGAGUUCUCUUACACAGCCUUGUUCAUCCAUCAUCCUUCUCCCACACCGUCUUCAUCUCUCCUCUGCUGGACCAGUGGGAUCCCUCGCUCUUUCCUAGCACAAUGUUAAAUACACUCUGCUUACAGAACUGCAGCACGGACUGAGAGCGGCUCCAAUCUGAGGAAUACCAUACCAUGAUGGCGUCUACUCUUGGGUUUUUGUUUGUUUGUUUAAUAUCGCCAAUCCUCCCUCAUGGCGGCUGGGCUUCGAACGCCCUGAAAUUCCAUUUUCUCUCUCAGUCUUUGAAUUGUUUUCGUGCUGUUUUUUUUUUUUUUUUGCAAUCAUGUCCUGCCUCCCACAUCGGAGAGCAGUAAAUAGUCAAAAAAAAAAGACAGACUUAACAAACAAAAAAAAUACAAUAACUAGACAACAAACAUCAUAAAAAUAAGAAAAAAAUAUAUAAAAAAGUAUAUAUAUAUAUAUAUAUAUAUAUAUAUAUAUAUAUAUAUAAUUCUAUCUAAAUCUCCAUUUAAGUCUGUAAAAAUGCCAUAUUCACUAUUGACUGUCAUAAGGAAAACUGAAAUACGAAGCAUGGGAAGAGCUCUGUUCACAGGAAAUGAUGUCGUAACGUCGAGGAGUCAGACCUUUCAGAAGAGAGAACAUCGCCCUUCUCCAAAAAUGUAUUCAGUGUAUUUCUGUAAAUAUCCCUGAAGUACCCAUUUGGUUUACUUACCAUUUUAAUAUUAUUUAUUUAUUUAUUAAGCAACGAACUAGAAAGAAUCUGUAAAAUCAACUGUAAAUGUCUAAAUAUGAAAUGCUUCUUGGGGGAUAUUUUUAUGGAAUUAUUGUGAAUAUCACUACAAUAAUGGUAGCACUUUAUUUUACAGUCCUGUUCCCCAUGUACAUACUAUGUAUUUAUUAUAGUAAUUACAAUAACUAUGUCAUAACUAGGUACUAACCCUGAACCUACCCCUAAACCUAACCCUACCCCAUGUAGUUAUCCUGUAUUACCAGAACUUUCUUAGAUAAAUACACUGUAAGUACACUAUAAGUACAUUUAAGUACACGUACUGUAAAAUAAAUUGCAACCACAAUAAUGCUUUACAUUAAAGUACCAUCUAGAGGGUUUAUAGUAAGUUGGCAUGAUCCAGAGAAUGAAUUGACAGAUCGAUGCGGUAAAUGAAUGAAUAAUGAAAUAACUAUUUAUAAACCAACUGUGAGUGAUUUAAUGAUGGUAUUUUCUUGUGAUACAUUAUACAGAUGUUUUAAACUUUCUAUGAAAUGCGGUGCAGAAAAUAUCUGGUCUGGACUGAGUUGUGAAAGAAAGUAGGCAAAUACAAGGUUUAAAGUUAUCCAUGUUUUGUUGGGUAGACAGCCAUAUAGACCUCAACAGCUAGAGCAUUUGUUGUGACUGAAAAUGACAUCACAGUCUCUACGUUGUUGACUCUGGGAUUUGAUUUUGUUCAUUAGACCAGCUUUCUCAUUCCUGCAUACUGCAUAGAAUAAACCGCUUUAACAGAGACGCUUUAGCUGUACUUUAGUAAAUAUUUUGGUCCAAAUUUCAUUUGUUAAACGAAAAGCACUUACUGUACUGUUGGAAACGGCUCUUUUCAUACCUGGAAAUUUGGACCGGUUUCCCAGCUCUAAUCUUUGGUGACUUGAGACUUGAUUAUAAGUGUGAAGUAGGGUGGAACGCUUUCACCGACUUGGAAACAAUAUUCAUUGUAGUUCUGAAUCUCAGUAUAACAUGUUUCUAUCUGGUUCCACACUAGUGCUUCAUGUGUAAUGCAAUGGCACAGAGCAUACUUCAAGAUCUUCAUCUGUGAAAACACCUACAAUGAGUGUUAUAAAACCAGAUAACUAGAAUUCAGAAACAUUAAAUGCACACACACACACACAAAAACGUCUUGUCCCAUUUCUCCCUUGAAACCACAUUUUAGUGCCAUUACAUUUAUUUGCAAGAAGGUUUGCAAGAAAUGCUGCUAUAUAUGUUGCAUUGAUCACAUGAUCCGUUGUCGUUCCAGGGACUGAUUCUCACUUGCCUCUCUGCCCAAAGUUUUUUGCCAUUCUGUAAAAGAAGUAGUUUGACAAUCUGUGAGCAUAAAUUGCAAGUGGUCCUGGCCAUACUGACCUUAAGACAGUUGCCAUAUCUUUUCAAACGCCAAAGAUUUUUCUUUCAUUGAGUUCUGUAUUCCAUUGACUGUUCGACAGCUGUUUGUGUCUGAAGUACCACCGCAUAUUCCACCAGUAACAGUGUUGAGGACUUUUCUAAUGUUUUUGGCUGUGUGCUAGUCUGCCUUUCAUGCGUUUCGUCUGCCGUACUUCAAACAAAGAAAAUGGGGGGGGGGAAGAAUUACAAAAGAAAACAAGGCCAAUCUCUCUCAGACUCUAAAUGUUUCUCUGUGUUGGACUCUAUAUUCUCUGUAGAUGUGUUUUCAUGCCAUGGUGUUCUAGUGUUUCUGAAGAACGGCUUUGUUUUUCAAUAUCUCGCUCGUAUGUCAUCUCUCCUGAUUAACUUAAUUAAAUUAUAUUUGUACAAUGUGUAUUUUUUCUCUGCAGUACUGUAUUUCCCUGAAUAGAUAUCCUUGUCAUAUUUUGAAUCAUCGAUUAUUAAAAAUUUAUUUUUAUAUAUGCUUUGAGGAGGACUUACUUUGAGCUCAUGUUGCUUGUCUUCAUGUCUUUGUUUUCCGUCACGUGGUCUGUUUGUUCAUGACACCACAGGGUGAUUUUCGUUUCCUUCAAAUUCUUGCAUACAAGUGUGGUUCAUUAAAAGAAAUGCCAUACAUUUGAUGAUGUGUGAUCGAAAAUACAUUUUUGGCCCCGACAUGGUUGAUAAAAUUCAAAACCGACAUUUAUUUUCCAAGAUGUUGGCUCAUGUACUCACAACAUGAUUCCAGGAAAAAAAUGAUGUUUUAGAUUGCUAUUUUAUCAUUAUUGUCAGUUGAUAAAAUAUCCAAUCAGUAAUGCUGUAAAUGUCAGUAGGCUAAUAAGUGUUCAAACUCCAGCAUAAUUUGUUGAUCACCUUCACCUUUACUUCAUUCAUGUCUGUUUCAGAGAGGUUUCAGAUUCGCUCUUGAUGUGAACCAGGUUGCUUGCCCUUUGUACUCUUUCAUGGCUAAGGAGGAAAAAAAGGUUCUUGUUGCUUUGUUAUUUUUAAUUUUAUUUAUUCAUUUUGUAAUGUUUCAUGUUGACUUUAAGUGAACUGUUUUAUUUGUCUCAGACGGAACAUUCUUACCUGAAAUAUUACGACUUUUAACAUGCAGAAGAGCCUCAUUCAUUUUCUGUCCUGAAUAUAAUGGUUAUCAGUGGGUUGCAGUAUUUUCUCAUUGUAGCCAAUUUCUUGUACAGUUUUAUGCAAAUUUCACAUGGAUGUUUAUGACUAUCUGCUGCCACAAACAAUUUAGAAUUUCUGUAGAUAGAUUACUGUGCAACGGAAAAUAAAACGAUUUAAAAUGCU